AGACGAGAUGAAGGAAAAAUCCAAAAAUGCCGCGAAGACGAGAAGAGAAAAGGAAAAUGGGGAAUUUUACGAGCUGGCUAAGUUACUGCCUCUACCCUCGGCUAUCACCUCUCAGCUGGACAAAGCGUCGAUCAUCAGACUGACGACCAGUUACCUCAAGAUGAGGGCUGUGUUUCCUGAGGGCCUGGGAGACGCUUGGGGACAAUCCAGCCGUGUAAGUCCCUUGGACAAUAUGGCCAAAGAAUUAGGAUCCCACUUACUUCAGACUCUGGAUGGCUUCGUUUUUGUAGUCGCGUCAGAUGGCAAAAUCAUGUACAUUUCGGAAACUGCCUCCGUCCACUUGGGCUUGUCUCAGGUGGAGCUAACUGGGAACAGUAUUUAUGAGUAUAUUCAUCCCUCUGAUCACGAUGAGAUGACUGCAGUCCUCACAGCUCACCAACCUCUCCAUCCUCACCUACUGCAAGAAUAUGAAAUCGAUCGUUCCUUCUUUCUGCGCAUGAAAUGUGUUCUGGCCAAAAGAAAUGCAGGUUUGACUUGUGGUGGUUACAAGGUUAUCCACUGCAGUGGAUAUUUGAAAAUCCGCCAGUAUGUGUUUGACGUGUCUCUCUAUGAUGGCUGUUACCAGAUUGUGGGACUGGUGGCAGUGGGACACUCAUUGCCACCCAGCGCUAUCACUGAAAUCAAACUUCAUAGCAACAUGUUCAUGUUCAGAGCCAGUCUAGAUCUCAAACUCAUAUUCCUGGACUCAAGAGUUGCAGAGUUAACUGGAUUCGAGCCCCAGGACCUGAUAGAGAAGACUUUGUACCAUCAUGUGCAUGGAUGUGAUGUUUUCCAUUUAAGAUAUGCCCAUCAUCUCUUGCUGGUCAAAGGACAAGUCACGACGAAGUACUACAGGCUGCUGUCCAAACACGGAGGCUGGGUGUGGGUUCAGAGCUACGCCACCAUUGUACACAAUAGCCGUUCCUCCAGACCCCACUGCAUUGUGAGCGUCAAUUAUGUUCUCACGGACAUUGAAUACAAGGAACUGCAAUUAUCACUGGAUCAGACCACCGCCAUCAAGUCCUCCUUUCCCUAUAAGAUGUUGCUGUCUACCUCACAUGAAAACCAAAAACAACUUAAACCUAAAAUCUCCAAGCUGAAAUCGAAGCUAAAGACAUCUCCUUAUCCACAGCAAUAUAAUUCAUUCCAAAUUGAGAAAAACGAUUGCGACCAUGCCAGUAGCUGGGGAGGCAGCCCCUCGCUGAGUGUUGUAUCACCCCAGGAAAACGCUUCCCACCAGGAGAACAAUGAACUCCUUUAUGCUUCUUCAUAUGGGCUCCCUUUCCCCUACACCUAUGGACACUUCCCACUGGACCCACAAGUGCUUGGCAGCAAAAAACAGAUGGCGCCUGGCAAGACAGUUCAGAGUCAAGGGUCAUCUUGUGAACCAGCAAGAUUCUAUGUGGGUGCAUUUCAAGCAACCAACGACAACUGCUGGCAUUUGACAAGCUCAUCAUCAGCUCAGAAUCUGACUGCCUCAAAAAGUCUGCAGGAUCAUCAUAUCAGUGAAUCACAGUAUUGUUCUGCACAGAAUUAUCAGUGUGUAUUGCCUAACAGCAGACACUGUGAAACGGUUACCUAUGCCACCUUUCCAAGUUGUGUGACAUCAAGACCAAAUAGUAAAUAUAAAGAAAAACCUUACAUUAACCCUGUGAAGCAAACCAAAAUAGAAGCACUGCAGCCCACACAGCACAUUAUCAAGGAGGAGUGUAAAGUACUGUUCAGACACAAUUCUCAGGAGAAAUUAUGCAAUGAUGUAAAGUGUUUUUCACCCUCUUUAAGCAAUUCUUUGUUAGUUAAGUCAGACUGUGAUGCAGCCAAGCCAAUGGCAAGGAUAAGCCAACAACUUUUACCAACCCAAACAGCAUAUGAACAAGCCAGGAGGAUUUGUGUGAAAGAGGUCCCGUACGAGCAUUUCAACCACCAGAAACCCAGCAUGGACAACGUGAAUAGUGCAAGAGACAAUACGAAACUGAAUGAAGGGAGGCUACAUGAACAGCAAGAUUCACUGGGUGUGGGGACAUCAGGACAAACCCAGUUUGAAUCCUUAAGCUACGGGCAAUUCUUUGCUAAGCACACCUUCCAAAGAUCACCCUGUGCGCUUACAGGGUACAUAAUGGAAAAUCGAGGAUAUGCUGCUGAUGAGAAGAAUUCUCCUGGUUACAGAAACCCAAGCCCGGUUUUGAACUCUUCACCGGAAAUGCAUCAAGAACCUGUCCUUCCACAUUACAUAGGAACAUCCGUCAUAAUAACUAAUGGGAGGUGA